AUUAUCUUACUAUUAUUAGCUUUCAUUACAUAUAUAGUGAAUGAAUUAAAUCAAAAGAAGAUAAAUAAAUGUUUGAUUUUUAUGGAGAAUAAAAACAUAUGAACAAGAUUUCUUGUCAAAUUCACAAAUGGGAAAUAGAAGGGAUGUCAUUGUCCAGAUUAAACCUUUCUUAUAACUUCUUGACUGGUAUAGAUUUGUUUGCUUUUGAAAAUGUUAUCAGGGUUGACCUCAGUUCCAACUUACUACAAGGAUCACUUCCCAUUCUAUCAACAGCUUGGGAUGUUAUGCAACUCUUCAUUUCAGGGAAUAAUUUGACUAGUGAAAUCCCUUCUUCUUAUUGCAAUUUUACUUCUCUUAGGGUUCUAGUCUUAGCUAAUAAUAGUUUGGAGGAAAAACUCCAGAAUGUCUUGGAAACUUUAGUUAUCUCUACAUCUAGAUUUACAGAUGAACAAGUUUCAUGGCUAAAAGUUCUCAUCCUUCAAUCCAUUCAUUGUGCCAUUAACAACUCUAUGCUUGCAUUUUACUUCUCUAAGUUGAGAAUCAUUGAUGAUUCGCAGAAUGACUCCAUGGGUCUCCUACCAAGUAACUAUUUCAAAAAUUUGAUAGGUAUGAGAGAUGUACAUGAAGAUGAAGCCGAAUUGGAAUAUGUUGGACACAUUCCUGAAGAACUAGAAGAACUCAAGUCACUUCAUUUUCUAAACUUGUCUCACAACAAUCUCAUUGGUCAAAUUCCAUCAUCUUUGGGGAAAAUGACAGAGCUUGAAUCACUAGAUCCCUCAUCAAACAAGCUUGAAGGCUGGAUUCCUGAGCAGUUGACAAGUUCGAUAUUCCUUUCAGUUUUGAACCUCUCACACAACAAACUUGAAGGUGACAUUCCUCAAGGGAAGCAGUUCAAUACUUUCUCAAAUACUUCCUACAUUGGGAACUCUGGGUUGUGUGGAUUUCCAUUGACAAAGAAAUGCCACAACGAGGAAGAACUAGGAGCACCUCAAUCAAAAUUUGAUGAAGAAGAUGACUUUGCAGCACUCUUUGAGUGGAAGUUUGCAUUGGCGAGCGAUAGAGAGAGAGAGAGAUCGGGAAACUGGAUCUCAGCCGGUCCUCCUAAUUUUUUGUCGGAAUGAUUUAUUAAACGGUGUCGUUUCAAGUUAAAAGCAUUAAAUCCCAAUUUUGCUCGUCUUCAACCUUCCCCUGUUUCCACUUUCCAGAUUUUCACAAAACCCUUGACGUGAAUUCCUAAUCAACAAAACCCUUGAUGUUUAGGAUCCUAAACAGAGAGAAACAAUUCAACUUCCAUCUCACUCUGAUGUAGCCAUCUUUUCGCCGGUAACUUCUUCGACAUAGUUUUCAAGCCUCCGAUGAAUGGGUUGAGUAGCUAUGGUGUCGGGAGGAUGGAAGGAGAAUUUGCAGGAAGGGUUUUAGAAUAGAGAGCUUUUGAAUGU